AGUCCCCUUCCUAGUCAACUCCCCCGUACUAACCAAGGCUAGGCUUGACUGCAACAAUCCCCAUUCAUUGAGUUCACUCAUUCACCUCCUCUUUUCUCUCUCCUGCUUCUCCGGUCCCCUCCAUACCGUCACGAGCAUUCUAGCCCUACGCAUCUCGAUCUAUAGACAGAAGAAUACCAAAGCAUCGCUUCUAGAACAAAUCCGCAGCUAGUUUGUCCCACACCUCGAUGACGAAGAGCGGGUGUGGGUGUCUUCUUGAUUAUCGUUUCUUAGCAUCCUGGGUCAAACACCCUACAUCAACGCACCAGAAACACCCCCAUUGGGACUCAUCUCCAGACUCUAGCAAGAAGAGAGUGUUUUUCGACUACGUUGUCUGCAUGGCGAUCUUAUUGUGCAGAUCGAUCCGAAGCUAUUUCAAGAUCCCGGCCAUUAGCUCCCCUGGUCGUGGAUUUCUUUUGCUGGAAAUAUUCCCUCAGCCAGAUCGGAUCUGAACCUCAAUGCCUCGACCGAGAAGGCCCGGGGCCCCCGAGCCGAAACGAAGGUCGCGCAAGGGCUGCUGGCCUUGUAAAGCACGCAAAGUGAAGUGUGGUGAGGAAAAACCGUCGUGUCUCAAUUGCCAACGCCAGAAUGAAUUGUGUGACUACCGCAUCAGACUGAACUGGGGAGGAAGAACCAGAAGAAAGUCAUCAGUAGACUCUCCGAUAUCGCAUUCGAGCAGUCCUUCAGGAACCUAUGGCUCGUUCUCACUAUCACCGGCGAAUACCUAUCAGUCCGACAAUUUAUCGUCCUCGCACUCACACAAAGCCACAUCUCCAGAGUCCGAGAACACAGCACAAUUUCCAGCCACAGAGGAAUUGCAAUGGGACGUCGAGCUUUCCGAAGAGAUGGCAAUAGGGACUCCGGCAGCUUAUCCUAGAGGGCUACAUGAUAUCCAUGAAUCUCCAAUCUUUGGCCAGACUCUUUAUAGCUCCAACCGUACAAAUGGCAAGAACUCUGUAGACAGCAUGAGGGCUCUGUCACCCCGACAGGAUGGGACAUCCCCAUGGCCAGACCUGCCCCAAACCAGCACCGCAACCGUCUUUUCUGCCUCAGCUCCGACAUCCCUGGAAACCAUCGUCUCUCAUCCGUCUCCUGUGGACACGAAUUCCAGUAUAGGCUCUUGGGCCACCUUGAGUUUCUCGCCUGUCACGGCUCUAUCGCGCCCGAUUUCGUUUCUCCGGCACACCUCCGAAUCACAUCAUGCGACACCCACAAAUAAUCGGAUGUCCGAUCAUGGCAUUGAGUUCAACAGCUAUUUUUCCGCGGCCAACGCAAAAACCACUUAUGACAACUACGUUCAAGAGACAUCAGGCCUGGGCUGCUCAGACUCACCAUACGCAGAAGAAUCCGCCAUGUCGUCAUUGGACGCGAGCGAAGGAGCCCAACCUCUAGAGGCACAGCCAUCCGUUUGCUCGGAGAGCUACCUCACCAAGAUUAUGAACCGUCCAAUAGCCUCGGACCGCAAUUUUAAUGGCGCGCAGAUGCCUGGCUCAAGCACGCGCCUGCAUCAAUAUCCCGACACCUCCAGUCAAAGUAUGGUCGCAACGGAUGCCUCGAGCGCCGAGAAAAAGUGGCAAGCCUAUCUCACAAGCGUUACAGACAACUACGGCUUGGAUCGCGGUCGUCCUGAUCUGGAUUUGAAUAGGAAUGAUGAUCAUUCCGCCAUUGACAUCAACUAUGCUCUUGACUUGAUCAACGCACAGAGAAUCACCCCCCCAGGGUCCACCCCUCGAGGCGGCAACUUGGAAGGCGUGGAAAACGACACCUUCGAUUGCAGCAAAUACAUGUAUUAUGCUUCGCCUGUACCGAUCAACAUCCCACGCUAUUUGUCUCCGCUGCCACCAUCGCUGGUCAAAACACCAAUCAAUCUGAUGUACUUUCAUCAUUUUCUAAAUCAUACGGCCAAGAUGCUGGUUCCGCAUGAUUGUGACGAUAAUCCAUUCAUAUCCGUACUGCCGACAAUGGCGAUUAGUGACUCGAAUCUGCUUAAUUUGACGCUGGCAUACUCAGCUAGCCAUCGGGCUAGAUACCUCGAGCACCCGGAGCCGGCAAAUCGGAUUGCGCAUUGGGUGAGCAAUGUCUUCCCAACUCUACGCUUAGCCCUGGAGGACCCUCACGAAAAGGUCACCGAUAACCACCUUGCUGCUGCUAUAAUGCUCCUGUCGUUGAAGAUUGUCUCGCCCAGUACUUUUGAAGUCCCAAUCCCAUGGCAGAGCCACCUCAAACUUGCACGAGACUUGUUUUUCGCUCGGAAGGAGCAGAUGGCUUACCCGGGAAACCUUGUGGGUGCGUUCCUGACUCGCUGGUUGAGCUACCUUGACAUUGUUGGAACAUUGUCAUGUCGUCACAGCGAACCGCCCUCGCUGGAUUAUGCAUCCGUUCUCAGCGCUUGCAGUGGUGUCGGGGAGUAUGACGAGUUUCACAUCGACUGUUUCACCGGGUUCACACCGAGGACAGGUCAGUUUCUCGCGCAUGUGGGGAGACUGACUCACCAGUGUGACAAUGAACGGUUCGAUGAGUCGGGCAUCUUGAAGCCAGACUGGAAACCUUCUCCUGCUGCAGUCGUUGCCGGCGAAGAACUUCUGGCGGACAUUGAGCUGUUGGAAGCACACGCCCAUGCCAACGGCACCCAUUUCCAUCUCGGUAACAUGGACAGCCUUGCUAUCGACAGGGCGUUUCGAUAUGCCGGACUUUUACAUCUCCAUCGUCGUGUGCUUGACACAUCGCCUCUCUCUGAGCCAGUCAAACAUGCCUCGGACGAGCUCCUGAAGGCAAUGGUCGAGAUCAGACACGGCGCCUCUGCCGAAGUGGGCGCGUUGUUCCCUCUGUUCACCGCUGGGUGUGAGACCACGGACCCUCAUAUUAGGGCAGAUAUUCAGGAGCGGUUCAAAAUGAUGGAAAGAACUGGAAUGAAACAGAUCCAGAAUGCGCGUAAGUUAAUGCAGCGCUGCUGGGACGAGGACCUUCCGUGGAUUGCGCUGGCUGAAGGAGAAUUUCUCGGAUGAUCGAUCUGACUCUGUCCUGGUUAUCAUGUAAGGUUCAGCAAAGUACUCCUCAUGCUUUGGACGUACACUCUACGAGCACUACUGUUCAUCUUCUCUAUCUUUAUGAGGUUAUGCAUGAAAUUGACUAUGCGCCUUUGGUGGCCCACUGGUUCCGCGUUGAAAUUCUCUUGGUACAUGGAUGUAACCGAUUGGGGCUGUACUUCUAUAGGUUCAAGGUGUCAAAUGUUCUAAGUAUGAAGGAGUAUCAACUUCAUCAGUAUCGUUUCCAGCGUUCUUGUAUGCCAGUAUCCUAUGAUCUAGCUCCGUUUGGGUUUACCCCAACGUCACCCAGACCUCUCUCGUCC